GUGUUCGACCUUCUAGUGAUUGAUUAGUUCGGUCUGGUGAAACGCUCUGUUGCGUUUAGCCAUCCUGUUGUUUGUAUUGCUGGUAAACGGAAGCCGAGCGGUCAACAUGAAUAUCAAUCGUUUGGACGCUAUUUUAACGCUGUUUUUUCGUUGUAGUGAAAGUUUUAAAUCGUUUUAAUUAGAAAGUUUCCUGGACACACUGACACGCGUUCAUUUUACCACAAAUGAAGGUACGGAGGCAUUUCAGUCUCGCUUUGUUUACACUGCAGCAGCUGCUUAACAGCGUCUGCUAACUCUUUGUAUUUGUAAUAAUGGAAUCACACUGUGAGUAUGUCAUGUACUUUCCCGCCGCUCCAAUAUCGAGUCUGUCAGACCCGGCACAGUAUGCGAGCCUACCGCGGCGAAACCACGUCUACCACGGGGAGGUGGUCCAGUUCCUGCUGGUCCUGCGGUCCCGGAGGACUGAUGACAGCCCCGGUUUGGCACCCUGGAGGGAGCUGGCGGGGUCUCUGUGUGCUGUGGCCAGUGUGAGCGUCGCCCAGAGCCGGCAACAGAGACCCGAGGAGUACCAGGCGGACCUCCAGAGCUGCAGCGAGGAUGGCGGGGAAGAGGAGCCCGGAGAGGGGGAGCCUGGAGGACAAAGCGAGCGGACUUUCAGACAGUGCAGCCCGCAUCUCAUUCACAACAGCUCGGCCAGUGAGGGGAGGCAGCACGGGAGGGGACCGGUGAAGUCUGCUCUGGUGUUGGAUGACCAGGUCAUCUUCUGUCUCUCUGUAUCUUUGGACAAGCUGCCAGUCAACACACUGAAAGCCAAGAUUAUAGUGACUGUGUGGAAGCAGGAGGCAGAGAAGGUGGAGGUGAGGGAACAUGGCUACCUCACUCUGCUGCAGCUCAGGAGUCCAACACAAACCUUCAAAGAGGACCUCAACACCUUCAAGGCACAGGUCAGCACCAUCAUGAAUGUUCUUCCACCUCCCAGCGUCCAGUGUCAGCACAUGGCCGUCUCUGGAAAAUACUUGACUGUCCUCAAAGUGUUGAACUGCAGCUCUCAGGAUGAGGUGUGUGUCAGAGAUGUGAAGAUCCUCCCUAACUAUAACUCGUCCUACCUCCCCAUGAUGCCAGAUGGUUCCGUUCUCAUAGUCGACAAUGUCUGCCACCAAUCAGCUGAGGUCACUGUGGCUUCAUUCUAUCGAAUAGACAGCGGGUCAUCACGUUUACCCAGCAUGCUCAGCGCCCUGGAGGAGCAGAACUUCUUGUUCCAGCUGCAGCUACAAGACAAAGAAGAGGAGGACUCCAGUGAGGGUUUGGAAAUCCCGUUGGUGGCUGUGUUACAAUGGUACAUUCCAACACUGCCUUUAACAAGAUACAUCUCCAGUUUUUACUUGUUGCCCAGUAUCCGCUUGGAUCGUCCUCGGCUGGUGAUGACAGCUUCCUGUCCCAGUGCUGUCAAGCCUCUGGAGCACUUCUGGGUAAAAUACACCCUGCUCAACAACUUGCAGGACUUCCUGGCUGUCCGUCUGAUCUGGAAUGCAGACGCUGAUAGAGGGGGCCAGCAGGACCGUAGAGUGGGGGCAGUGGUGUGCCAGUCUCCCCUCAACAACCUGGGACAGUGCAAGAAGGGCUCCACCCUCUCCUUCACUGUGGCCUUCCAGAUCCUCAGGACUGGACUUUUUGAGCUGAGCCAGCACAUGAAACUGAAGCUCCAGUUCACAGCCUCGAUGUCCACACCACCCGUGGAGCCUCGAUCGCCGCUGAGGAACUCUCCAUCAUCGUCAUUGUCCAGCCCAGUGGCCAGAGAGCUGCUGGAGAGACACAGCCUGGGACGAUCUCAGAGCUUCUCCCACCAGCAACCGUCCAGGGCACACCACGUCAGGUCGGGCAGUUUGAUGGAGCGUCGAGCCAUCACCCCUCCUGUGGGACCUCCAGCGGGCAGAGGCCUGCACCUGCCUCCCGACCACACUCUCAUUUCACUGGACAAAAUAGCCAAGAGAGAGUGUAAGGUGCUAGUGCUGGAACCAAUCCAGGAGGCACACAGCAGAUGACACGGAGAGGAAGGUUUGACUGUAGACACAGUGUUUGGUCCCUCUGUCCAGCCGCCAGAGACUCAUCCUCUGCCUGAAGGCAGCGAGAUGUGGAUGGAGUGAUGGAAGAAGGAGCAGAGAGGGAUGGUGACUGGCCAGAGGGGAGGAGUGGUGCUGAUGUGAUGAGAAGA